AGCAGCUCUGAAACCUGGAGCAUCACAAUAGGGCAGACUCCAAGCAUGGUCCCAGGUUCCUUUUUCCUGCUAACAGGGCUGAUCUCUUCUCAUGCUUUCAAUCUGGACACCGAGAGUGCAACAGUCUUCCAGGAAAAUGGAGCUGGCUUUGGACAGAGUGUGGUCCAGUUUGAGCAAGUUGGAGUGGUGAUUGGGGCGCCCCUGGAGAGAACAUCACCUAACCAAACAGGGCAACUCUACAAAUGUGAAUUUGGUACUAAGACCUGUACAGCCAUUCCCAUUAAUGUCCCCCCAGAGGCAGUAAACAUGUCCCUAGGACUCACUCUGGCUGCUGGAGUAAACCCCUCACAGCUUUUGGCCUGUGGUCCUAUAGUACACAAAACAUGCAAAGAGAAUGCAUAUAUAAACGGCUUGUGCUUCAUGUUGGAUUCAAACCUGAGGCAAGUGCGCAGUUUCCCAGAAUCCCUACAAGAGUGUCCAAAGCAAGCAAAUGACAUUGUCUUCCUUAUCGAUGGCUCUGGCAGUAUUUUAAGAGUGCAAUUUGCACAGAUGAAGAAUUUCGUCAUAAAGGUGAUGAAGCAGUUCCAGGGAACUGACACACAGUUUUCUCUGAUGCAGUACUCUGAUGACUUCAAAAUACAUUUCACCUUCAAUGAUUUCAAGAAUGAUCCUGAUCCAGGAAACUUGGUGAAUCCGAUUAACCAGCUAACUGGGAGUACACACACGGCCUCAGGCAUUAGAAAAGUAGUACGAGAACUAUUUAAAGAAUGGAAUGGAGCCCGGAAAGAUGCCACCAAGAUCCUCAUUGUCAUCACAGAUGGUCAGAUACAGGGAGAUAAUUUGAAUUACAGAGAUGUCAUCCCAGAGGCAGAGAAAGCAGGGAUCAUCCGAUACGCAAUUGGGGUGGGACGUGCCUUUAGAACUUCAACUGCCAGGCAAGAACUGAGGACCAUCGCCUCUAACCCACCACAGGAACACAUCUUUCAGGUGGAUAACUUUGAGGCUCUGAGGAACAUCCAAAACCAACUACAAGAGAAGAUUUUUGCCAUAGAAGGUACCCAAUCAGGGAGCAAUAGUUCUUUCGAGUUUGAGAUGUCUCAGGAAGGCUUCAGUGGUGUGUUCACCUCUGAAGGGCCUCUACUGGGUACAGUGGGGAGCUUUGACUGGUCUGGUGGGGCCUUUCUAUAUGACCAAAUUGAUAAACCCACAUUCAUCAACACAUCCCUGGUGAAUUUGGACAUGAAUGAUGCUUAUCUGGGUUAUUCUAUUGAUGUUGUUGUUCAAAGAAAGACCCAGUAUCUAGUCAUGGGAGCUCCUCGAUAUCAACACAUAGGGAUGGUGGCAAUGUUCAAAAAGAGCUCUAACACUUGGGAGAAGACAGCUGAGGUUACAGGGAAACAGAUUGGUUCUUAUUUUGGAGCAACCCUGUGUUCAGUAGAUGUGAAUGGGGAUCGCAACACUGACCUGAUCCUUAUUGGGGCUCCUCAUUACUUUGAACGGAACCAGGGAGGCCAAGUAUCUGUCUGUCCCUUACCUCGGGGGAAGGCUAAAUGGAGCUGUGAAGUUGUUCUUCGAGGGCAGCCAGGGCACCCAUGCAGUCGUUUUGGAGCAGCCCUGGCUGUGCUCGGGGAUGUGAAUGGAGAUAAAAUAAUAGAUGUGGCCGUGGGAGCACCAGGAGAGGAAGAGAACCAAGGAGCUGUCUACUUGUUUCAUGGAAUGGCUGGAUCCAACAUCAACUCUUCCUAUAGCCAGAGGAUUGCAGGUUCUCAAUUCUCCCCCAGACUCCAGUAUUUUGGACAGUCAUUGAGUGGAGGGCAAGACAUCACCCAGGAUGGACUUAUGGAUGUGGCUGUGGGGGCCAAUGGAAAGGUGCUGCUGCUCAGGGCCCAGCCAGUACUGACAUUGGCAGUAUCCAUGCAAAUUACCCCCAAAGAGUUGAUGAGGUCUGUGUUUGAGUGUCAGGAACAAGAGAAAACCAAUCAAGAAGCUGGAGUCGCCAGAGUUUGUCUCAUUAUCCAUAAGAAUACAGCAGACCGACUUGGUGAAGUCCAGAGCUCUGUGACAUAUGACCUGGUUUUGGAUCCUGGCCGCUCUACUCCUCGAGCCAUCUUUGAUGAGACAAAGAACCGUACAAGGAGGCGAGUCCAGACGAUAGGCCUGAACAGGAUCUGUGAGGACAUGAAAUUGCUGUUACCGAAAUGUGUAGAGGACUCAGUGGCUCCCAUCAUCCUAAGACUCAACUUCUCUCUGGUGGGACAGCCCAUUGACUCAACUGGGAACCUCCGACCUGUUCUGUCAGCAAACGCUCCAACGCUCUUUACCGCAGCUCUUCCCUUUGAGAAGAACUGUGGCAAUGAUAGUAUCUGUCAAGAUGAUCUCAGUAUCACCUUUAGUUUUCUGAGCUUACAGACCUUGGUGGUGGGAAACCUCCAAGAGCUAAAUGUGACAGUGACUGUGAGGAACCAGGGUGAAGACUCCUAUAAGACCUUGGUGACUUUCACAUAUCCUCCAGGACUGUCCUUUCGACGAGUAUCAGGGAUUCAGAAUCAGCCACCUCAUCGUUCCAUGCAAGUGCCCUGUGAAUCAGGAACAGCUGAGAGUAAGAGUGAAAGAAAAAGCCACUGUAGUAUUAUCCCCAUCUUUCGGGAAGGUAGUGAGAUCAAUUUUAAUACAACAUUUGAUGUCUCCCCUAUGGCUUCCUUUGGAAACAAAAUGGUCUUCAAGGCAAAUGUGGUCAGUGAGAAUAAUGCACCCAUCACCAACAAGACUUCCUUCCAUUUAGAGCUACCAGUGAAAUAUGCUAUCUACCCAGUGAUCAGCAGCCAUGAAGAAUCUACGAAAUACCUCAACUUCUCAACCUCAGAAGAGAAGAAUAGCCCUGGUUUGAAGCACAAAUUCCAAGUGAAUAACUUAGGUCAGCGGAAUCUCCCCAUCAAAAUUGACUUCUGGAUCCCAGUUGAGUUGAACAAGAAAAGCAUUUGGGAGAAUCCUGAGGUCUUCCCCCCCCAGAAUCUCUCAUGUACCUCAGAAACAAAAGCUCCCAGUCAGUCUGACUUCCUGGCACAGCUUCGUAAAACUCCAGUAGUGAAUUGCUCCAUUGCUGUCUGCCAGAGAACUCGCUGUGACAUCCCCAUGUUUAACACUGAGGAAGAAUUUACCUUCACCAUCAAAGGCAACUUAAGCUUUGGCUGGGUCAAACAGACAGAGCGUAAUGACCUGUUGGUUACAAGUGUGGCUGAAAUAAUUUUUAACGAGUCCAUAUAUUCCCUACUUCCAGGACAGACAUUUGUAAGAGCCCAGGCAGAGACCAAAGUUGAGCGAUAUGAAGUUUAUUCUUCUGUUCCCCUCAUUGUGGGCAGCAGCGUUGGGGGGCUGGUGCUCCUAGCACUCAUCACUGCUGGACUGUACAAGCUUGGAUUCUUCAAACGCCAAUACAAAGAUAUGAUGAAUAAUCCUGGGGAAAGUGCACCUGACACAGCCCUUCCUGAAUAAGUGCUCUUUCUUUCACCUUCAACCUCUUCAAAUGGAGUCCAAUAGACUUUCGUUAAACAAGUGCACCAGUUCUCUUCUUGCUCAGGGUCCAAACUACUUGUUUCCUUCAGAAGAAGGGAAUGAAGUGUUUUUUUCCCUAUGUGCUUGUCCUCUCAAGGAGUAAAAUAUCUCAAUUUAUGCAUGCAGAUCACUGAAUGAAUGGAUAUGUGAAAUAUCUCUCAGAAAUGAAUUGCUUGGCUUUUCAAUGUGUGUGCACAUUUAUGUAGGGUGUAACUGUCUUAAGCAGAGGUUACUGCAACCGGCAAAGCCCCUCUGGCAGGAUGAGAACUGUUUAUGGCUCACAUAUGUGUACAUAAAACCUGAAAUAGCAGAUUA